AUGACUUUCCUCAUCAGCGAACCUCCGCCCAGCAAAAACUCAGGACCCGCUGACGGUGACAAUCGUUGCGCCCCGCUCAGCAAAAAAUCAGCAUUAUAUCAGGAGGUGCCAAAGCCGCAGCAUCUCCAUGAGGUGAGCGUCGUGCGUUUUGCCGCCGCGUGCCGCCGCUGCGCCGACUGGCUCCCGCUUGUCUUGUGGAAACACAGCUAA